AAUUGAGUAUAAUGUUCACUGUUGUUACAUUACUUUUUUCUAUAUUCCAAGAUACUUUCAUCAAUAAAAAUGAUUUGAUUUUUAAAAUAGCAAAUAUUAAGGGACAAGGUAGGAGGAGGGAACUCAUUGUGGAGCUGGACUGCUUGGCUUAGAAUUAUGACAGCAAUAUUUCCUGUUAUAUGAAUUGGAACCAAUCUCGCCACUUUCUUGGUCCAUAACUUUCUUUUCUCAUUCUAAAUGUAAUUACAAUUCCAUCCUUCAGGUGUAUGAUGAAACAUGUCACAAAACAUUAAGUGUUUGUUCUUUUUCUUUUCUUUUUUCCAAAUCACAGUUAUCAAUAGUUUUAUUAUUUGAUACAUGGGCACAUCAUGAGUCCUAUGAAUUUAAUAUUUUGUUUAAGCAUCACAUUGUGGGUGACAAAUUCAGACUUAACAAUAGAUGUUUUAUUCAGUGAACAUGUUCCCAUUGUGCUUUCAUUUAUGUUAUUGAUUCAGUUUGGCUCAGUGACAAACUAAUAUGAUCUUUAAAAUUGUCUUCCUGGACUUUUACCCUGGCAUUUCACACAAAUCAUACGAGGAAAACCUGAAAGUAGGAGGAAAUAAUGUUGCAUAUUGAAAAAGCAAGCCGAUGAGCUGUGUUGUAACAGAAGAGUUGGAAAAGCAGCAGCUGAGGGCAGGCAGCGGCCUUUUAAGGGCACCACGGUGGUGGUGCCCAGUCCACUGUCAGUCACUGUAGAGAUCAGAUCACAGUGACGGCAGAAAUUCUAUUUGGAAAAUUAUAUAAGGUUUUCAAGAAUGAAUAUUGAAAGGAUAAGAUUAUAGAAAAUUAUAAAAUUCUAAAUCUGGCCUUUUUUCAACUGAAAAGAAAUUGAAACCAAAACCGUGAAAUUUGUUGUUUUAUAAUUGACAAACACUUAGCUGUAGGUUUGGAUGAUUGCUGAUUUAUAGAAGUUACUGUGGAAUAAAGUGGUUUUUAGAAAAAAACACUAACAACAUCAUACCAAAAUGAAGUUCUUCCUGCUGUUUUCCCUCAUUGGGUUCUGCUGGGCUCAAUAUGACCCACAUACUGCAUAUGGACGAACUGCUAUUGUCCACCUGUUCGAGUGGCGCUGGGUUGAUAUUGCCAAGGAAUGUGAGCGAUACUUAGCUCCUCAUGGAUUUGGAGGGGUGCAGGUCUCUCCACCCAAUGAAAAUCUAGUAGUUAACAAUCCUUCAAGACCCUGGUGGGAAAGAUACCAACCAAUUAGCUACAAAAUAUGCUCAAGGUCUGGAAAUGAAGAUGAAUUCAGGGACAUGGUAACAAGGUGCAACAAUGUUGGUGUCCGUAUUUAUGUGGAUGCUGUUAUUAACCACAUGUGUGGAGAAGGAGUUCAAGCAGGAACAAGCAGCACGUGUGGAAGUUAUUUCAACCCACACAACAGGGACUUCCCUGCAGUUCCAUACUCUGGUUGGGAUUUUAAUGAUGGCAAAUGUAGAAGUGGAAGUGGAGGCAUUGAGAACUACAAUGAUGCUUAUCAGGUCAGAGACUGUCGUCUGUCUGGCCUUCUGGAUCUUGCACUUGAGAAAGAUUAUGUUCGUACCACAGUGGCUAAUUAUAUGAACCAUCUCAUUGACAUGGGUGUAGCAGGUUUCAGACUUGAUGCUUCUAAGCACAUGUGGCCUGGAGACAUAAAGGCUGUUUUGGACAAACUGCAUGACUUAAAUACACAGUGGUUCUCCCAAGGAAGCAGACCUUUCAUUUAUCAAGAGGUCAUUGAUCUGGGAGGUGAAGCAGUGACAAGCAGUGAGUACUUUGGAAAUGGCCGUGUGACAGAAUUCAAGUAUGGAGCAAAACUGGGCACAGUCAUUCGCAAGUGGAAUGGAGAGAAGAUGGCCUACUUAAAGAACUGGGGAGAAGGUUGGGGUUUCAUGCCUUCUGACAGAGCCCUUGUCUUUGUGGACAACCAUGAUAAUCAGCGAGGACAUGGGGCUGGAGGAGCAUCCAUCCUGACAUUCUGGGAUGCUAGAUUAUAUAAAAUGGCAAUUGGAUUUAUGUUGGCUCAUCCUUACGGAUUCACACGAGUAAUGUCAAGUUACCAUUGGCCAAGGUAUUUUGAGAAUGGAAAGGAUAUUAAUGACUGGGUUGGACCACCAAAUGACAAUGGAGUAACCAAAGAAGUAACCCUUAAUCCAGACACCACUUGUGGCAAUGACUGGGUCUGUGAACAUCGAUGGCGUCAAAUAAGGAACAUGGUUGCCUUCAGAAAUGUCGUCAAUGGUCAGCCUUUCUCUAACUGGUGGGAUAAUGGCAGCAACCAAGUGGCUUUUGGCAGAGGGAACAGAGGAUUCAUUGUCUUUAACAAUGACGACUGGGAAUUGUCAACAACUUUACAAACUGGUCUUCCUGCUGGCACAUACUGUGAUGUCAUUUCUGGAGACAAAAUUGAUGGCAAUUGCACUGGAAUUAAAGUCUAUGUUGGCAGUGAUGGCAAUGCUCACUUUUCUAUUAGUAACUCUGCUGAAGACCCAUUUAUUGCAAUCCAUGUGGAAUCAAAAAUAUAAAGUUUAAAAUAAAUACAUAUUGAGAGCAUCAA